UGCCACAGGAUUCAAUGGAGACAAUUGCCAAAUAAACAUAGAUGAUUGCGCCCCAAACCCUUGUGGUACUGGAGACUGCAUUGACGGCGUAAAUCAAUACACUUGCAAUUGCCCCACAGCCUGGUCUGGGACCAACUGUGAUGAAGACGUUGACGAAUGCUCUACGGGAACACCUUGUGGAGAUCAUGGAACAUGUGCAAAUGAAGUUGGUGAUUACAAAUGUACCUGCAAUGCUGGCUGGUUUGGCCCCAACUGUGACACAGAUAUUGACUUGUGUGCUGAAACAAACUGCAACAAUGGGUUGUGUGAAAAUGACAACAGUGACGCAGGAUAUACUUGCAUAUGUGAUGCAGGAUGGGAUGGUAGCCAUUGCGAUCAAGAUAUCGACGAAUGUGUUGUAUCAGCUAAUUGUGUACAUGGAACUUGUUCUAACACUGAUGGGGG